AUGGAUCCCCAAAAUCAACAUGGCAGUGGCAGUUCAUUAGUUGUGAUCCAACAGCCUUCUUUGGACAGCCGUCAGAGAUUAGACCAUGAGAGAGAGAGUCAGCCUGCUGCUAUCUUGUCCUUAGACCAGAUCAAGGCCAUCAGAGGUAGCAAUGAAUACACAGAAGGGCCUUCAGUGGUGAAAAGACCUGCUCCUCGAACAGCACCAAGACCAGAAAAGCAUGAAAGAACUCAUGAAAUUAUACCAAUUAAUGUGAAUAAUAAUUAUGAGCAAAGACCUACAAGCCACCUGGGACAUGUGGGACUCACAAAUAAUGCCAGGGGCCCCAUUUUAAGCAGAUCGACCAGCACUGGAAGUGCAGCCAGUUCUGGGAGCAACAGCAGUGCCUCUUCUGAGCAGGGCCUGUUAGGAAGAUCACCACCAACCCGACCAGGUCCUGCUCACAGAGCUGAAAGGGCAAUCCGGACCCAGCCUAAGCAACUGAUUGUGGAUGACUUGAAGGGCUCCUUGAAAGAGGACGUGACACAGCACAAGUUCAUUUGUGAACAGUGUGGGAAAUGCAAGUGUGGAGAAUGCACAGCUCCCAGGACCCUGCCCUCCUGUUUGGCUUGCAACCGACAGUGCCUUUGCUCUGCUGAGAGCAUGGUGGAAUACGGAACCUGCAUGUGCUUAGUCAAAGGCAUCUUCUACCACUGCUCCAAUGACGAUGAAGGGGAUUCUUAUUCGGAUAAUCCUUGCUCCUGUUCACAGUCACACUGCUGCUCUAGGUACCUGUGUAUGGCAACCAUGUCUCUAUUUUUGCCUUGCUUACUCUGUUAUCCUCCUGCUAAAGGGUGCCUGAAGCUGUGCAGGGGAUGUUAUGACUGGAUCCACCGUCCAGGGUGCAGAUGUAAGAACUCCAACACUGUCUAUUGUAAGCUGGAGAGCUGCCCUUCCCGGGGUCAGGGUAAACCAUCAUGAUUCUUGGAGGUGGGUUGAACCUCCUGAACUUGCUUUCAAAUUGUGGCUGUUAAAAAUUGAUCCUAUCAGAAACUGGUUUUAUUUUCUUUAGGAUUUGCCCUGUUUCUUAUCUUCUCCUCCACGUUUCCAACGUUUGACUCAUGGAUUUUCCUCUUCUCUCCUGGAUGAUCUUCAGUAAAGUGGACUGUGAAACUUACUUUGGUCCCAGUUACUACAGGGGUCUCUGCCGUCUGAUUGAGAGGGUGUUGAGAGCCAGUAGGCUUUUGUGUAGCCUUUUUAUUCUGCCUGCAACUUUCCAAAGUUGUACAGGUGAACACACACACUACAAUGAUUUAAAAUUGUUUUUGGUUGGAUACUGUGGGAGCUGGGAAAUUGGUUUUUAAGGAAGCAACCAUUUAAUUGCUUAAAUAAGCUAUGUAUUGAAUCUAUCUCCAGUUAGAGUUAUCUUCUUAGCAUUGGAUUGUUAAGUAGCAUGGGGGAUAUAUUUGUUGCUAUAACUUAAAGAUUUUCUUUAACCACUGCCCUCCUUGCUUCUCAGUGUUGUUCCCUUCAGUUUCUGGCAUUGUCUUUUAUCAAGUGAUGCCAGGUUGGGUUUCCCCCCUUUAAAUCUUCACAUUGGAGAUAGAUAUAUUGGUUGCAUCUUGCUAAUUCCUACUCUACCUUCCAUAUCUGUGAAGGUUUCAACUCUCUUCCAAACUCUCCACUGAAUGUCUGUUGUCAUUGAGGGCACUUGGAUAACUAAAAUUGGUAUUUAUAGCUGAUGAAUCUAUAAAUGUCACAGAACUUUGCUGCCUAAAGUGAUCUUGGCUCCUUGAUGGUCUUUUUGACCCCUUAACUAAUUAGCAGCUGAGUAAUUCUAAUCUUCCCUGUUUUCAUUGCCUUAACCACAAAUUGUGGUGCUUUUUGUAUAUUUUAUGUAUAAAUCACAAAGUUGAAUUCUGACUUAUUUUUAAGACAAAAGUCUGUUAAACUUUUUUAUUGUAAAGAAUAUUUAUUACGCGAAUCUCUAUUAUUUUAUGAUAUUUAUUGCAAAAGACUGUUGAAAUGUACUCACGUCUGAAUAUAACAAAAUAUCAAUACUUAACGGAAAAUAAGGUGACACGAAGAAAGUACGUAUGUUAACUAUAAUGCAGAAAAUAUAUUAAUUAAUGAAA